AAAUUUGAGAAACUAUACUAAGAUCCACUAUUCAAGAUUUGUCUUUACAAAUUGUUUUUGUAUAGAAAUCAAGAAAGAAUUCUAUUGGGUCCACCAUAGCCAUGCUCCUCCCAUCCUCACCAUCCAUUCAAUCAGCAAUCCUCCCAGUAGUCUUAGCUGUGAGAGUCAACCCUAAAGGGCAAAGGAUUUUCUUGCAGUGAUAGUGAAUCUCUGAUCUAGGCCCUUGUUGAUUCCCAUGUUCUUCUUCAACCUGUGCUUCUUGUUAAACUUGUGUGUUUUUGUCUUUUCUUUGAAUUGGGUUCUUUCCUUACUCAUUGAUUUUUUCAAAUACCCCUUCACAUUUUCAGUCUCCUGAUGGAUUUGAUUCUGGGUUUGUUUUGUCGAUCUUGUUUGUUUUGCUCUUGAUCUUCUUUUCCUUCUUCUCCAUGUGGGUUUUGGUUGCUUGCUCCCAAAAUUUUAUGGGAAGCUUCUCACUUCCAGAUGGAUCCUGAUCUGGAAAUGUGUUGCAAUUCUGGAUUUCUUCCUUGAUUUUCUCUUUGGCUGGUGGAGAUGCUUGGCUCAGGCAUGAACUUGAUUACUACGGUCAUUGGAUUUGGGAUGAGUGCCACUUUCAUUGUGUUCGUCUGCACCAGGCUCAUCUGUGGAAGGAUCAGGGGUGUCGAAUCCAGGCGAAUGUUUGAGAUUGAUUCCAUGAUUGAUCUUGAACAGCCGGAGCAUCCAAACAGCGGGCUGGAAUUGGUGGUCAUUGCUGCAAUCCCAACGAUGAAGUUCAACCAUGAGGAUUUCAGUUCUCCAGAAGAUGCACAGUGCACAAUAUGUUUAGGGGAGUACCAAGAGAAGGAAGAACUAAGAAUCAUGCCGAAUUGUGGCCACAAUUUUCAUCUCGCAUGUAUCGAUGAAUGGCUAAGGAAACAGGCCACCUGCCCGAUUUGCAGGCUGCCAUUACAGGAAAUGAAGCAUGCCAGAUCGGCAGCACUUGGUGGUGCCCAUUCUCGGCAUUGGAUGCUGCCGGGUGCCGGGAAUUCAGAGGGGCACGGCAGCAGCGAGUUGCAACCUGAAGCUGCAAGUGGUGGCCAAGAACUUGCUGCUCACAGAGAAGCAGAAACGCAGCAAUGACAGGAUCAAUGCAAUAGGCCUUGUUCCUGAGGCAACGGGUUCACUGUUUUUUGAAUUGUUACCUGUACUUCUUAUGUAGGACUUCAGUCAUGAAUGAUUUCAAGUGAAAUUUGAGAUGAUGAGAGUGGAAUGAGAUUCAGUUUCUCAGAA